AUGGCACUCUCUGCAUGGAUUCCGCCUCCCCCUCCAGAUCCAGAAACACUAAAGAACCCUGCUCAAUUCUCUUCUUUCCCACUGAGCCAGCUGCGAGCAGGCAAGAUCAAAAAGUCCCUUUGGAAUGGCAAGAUUGAAUCGGCAAUCUACAAGACUCCUUUGGCCGGCUCUGUUGAAAUAACCGAACUGGGUAUCACGACAGACGAACAUGCAUUUCCUAAGCAUGUGAGCCCCGACAAGGCUCUCCUCCACUACUGCGCAUCCCAUUACGACGACUGGAGGAAGGAAUUGCCAAAGUCAGAACACUACUUCAAACCUGGCGCAUUCGGUGAAAACCUGUUCAGCACAGAAGUCAGCGAGAAGACACUUUGCAUUGGUGAUCGGCUGGCGAUUGGAGAUGUCAUUGUUGAAGUUAGUGAACCGCGAGGACCAUGCUUCAAGCUCAAUCACCGUUUCGAAGUCAAGGAUAUGGCCAAGCGCACGCAGACUCUUUUUCGCACUGGCUGGCUAUAUCGCAUAAUCAAGACGGGAGCAAUCAAGGAAGGGGAUAUGAUCUUGCUGCUUGAACGACCACAUCCGGAAUGGACAGUGGCACGCGUCAUGUACUAUCUCUUCAUCGAAACCAACAACACUAAGAUGAUGGAGGAGAUCGUCAAGAUACCUCAGCUCGGCUGGGAUAUCAAGGAUCAGUUUCAGGCUAGACUUGACAAGGGCGUAGCUGAGGACCAGAGUGGUAGAUUGUUCGGCGGCGAGGACGAAAAGACAUUCGCCUGGAACGAAUAUCGCCUAGUAGAGAAGAGGAAAGAGACCAAAUCCGUCACAGCCUUUACUUUUGAGGCAGUAGAGGAUGUUCUUGAAACUCAUCCUGUCCAGCCAGGUAGCCAUGUGCGAGUGAAGCUAGGCGGAAAGCUGGUGCGCGCCUACUCAGUAACCAGCGGGACGUCCAAACGUUUUGAACUCGGCGUCGCUCUCGAUCCCGACAGCCGCGGUGGUUCAAAGUAUCUGCAUGAACAAACCAAGAUAGGCGAUGUUUUGACGGUUGGGCGCAUCAUAGCGAGCUUCCCGCUAGCCAAAGAAGCAGACAAUCACAUUAUCAUCGCGGGUGGCAUUGGCAUUACAGCCUUCCUGGUCGCACUCGAGCAGCUCCAGGAAACAAAGCAAAACUUCCAUCUGCACUACGCUGUUGCAGAGGAAGUACCUUUCGUAGCCCAAAUCGCAGCACUAGGCCCACAUGCAACCAUCUACAACAAGUCCGCCGGCCAGCACCUAGACAUCUCUUCCAUCCUCGGCAAAGCAAACGACCGAACACACAUCUACACCUGUGGACCAACCCGACUCAUGGACGAUGUUGUCGACACCGCAAAGACUUACGGCAUUUCCAAGUCGUCCGUCCACAUCGAAGCCUUCACAACCACAACUUCCGGUGAUCCAUUUACGGCAGAGCUCCGAAAGAGCAAGAGGAGUGUACAAGUCGGCGCAACGCAAUCGCUACUCGACGCACUGAAAGCCGUAGGCAUGGACAUUGACAGCUCCUGUGAAGUCGGCAAUUGCGGAACAUGUACAGUAGAUGUAUGUUCAGGCCGAAUUGAGCAUCGCGGGACCGCGCUUCAAGAAUCGGAAAAGGAAUCUAGCAUGUUGAGUUGCGUGAGUAGAGGCAUAGGUAAUAUCGUCCUAGACUUGUAA